AACGCCUCUGGAAGUGAAUUGAUAGGCAACUCAUCAUACCAAACCAACUCCUACGAUUGCAACGAACUCAGCCUCAGGGGCUUGCAAGUUAAACUUGACAGCCAUUUCGACAAAGUAUGCAAGAGUGAUAACCCAGAGGUUGAUAUUUUGGGUGCAAAUCUGUACAACAACUACCUCCGGCGCUACCGACGUUUGUCCGGUCGCAAGAAUGACGCCGGUCCAGAGGUAAGCGGGGAAAUCGACAAGAAGGCGGCUGUGGCUACUUCAAGAACGGUACCUGCGGAGGCCGAUUUUCUGCCUCAGACAGUAAGGAGGGGAGUUCGGCAAUAA